AUGGACAGCGCGGCCGGCGCCGCCUUCGCCCCGGACAAGCCGGCGCUGGGCCCGGGGCCGCCGCCGCCGCCGCCGCCAGCUCUGGGGCCCGGCGACUGCGCCCAGGCGCGCAAGAACUUCACGGUCAGCCACCUCCUGGACCUGGAGGAGGUGGCGGCGGCCGGGCGGCUAGCGCCGCGCCCCGCGGCCAGGGCAGAGGCGCGGGAGGGCGCGGCGCGCGAGCCGUCAGGGGGCAGCAGCGGCAGCGAGACGGCGCCGCAGGACGGUGAGUGUCCCAGCCCCGGGCGCGGCGGCGCCGCCAAGCGAAAGAAGAAGCAGCGGCGGAACCGCACCACGUUCAACAGCAGCCAGCUGCAGGCGCUGGAACGCGUGUUCGAGCGCACGCACUACCCCGACGCCUUCGUGCGGGAGGAGCUAGCCCGGCGCGUCAACCUCAGCGAGGCGCGUGUCCAGGUCUGGUUUCAGAACCGCCGGGCCAAGUUCCGCCGAAAUGAGCGGGCCAUGCUGGCCAACCGCUCAGCCUCGCUGCUCAAGUCCUACAGCCAGGAAGCCGCCAUCGAGCAGCCCGUGGCUCCCCGGCCCACUGCCCUGAGCCCCGAUUAUCUCUCCUGGACGGCCUCGUCCCCCUACAGCACGGUGCCGCCAUACAGCCCAGGAGGCUCAGGCCCUGCGACCCCGGGGGUCAACAUGGCCAACAGCAUCGCCAGCCUCCGUCUCAAGGCCAAGGAGUUCAGCCUGCAUCAUAGCCAGGUGCCCACGGUGAACUGA